GAUGUGAGCGAUCUCCACAGAGAUACAGCCUGGCAUUUAACUGUACCAUUCCUACACGAGUCCUCCUGCCUUAUCUCACGCUGCAGAGAGGCAACUGGAACAUCUCGCCUCAGCCUUCAGAUAGAGACAGAGCGACACAACACACAUGCUGUGGAACCAGCAGCAGCCACAUGAACUAAAGGAAAAAUAUAUGUGCCCAACUGGACCAUGAACGUGUCCGGGAAAUCCCAGGCACUUUACUGCGGGUGUCUAUUGUCGGUCAUGUGGAUGGCACUGUGCAAUGGGACGGAGAACAAGACCACACUGGCCUCUCUUAUCAGCGACGUGUACAGCGUCAUUGAGAAUAAGUCUGUGAUUCCUUUUUGCUUCACAAACAACCUGUACGAGCUUACGUGUUUCUGGAAAAGCAACAGCUCAGAUACCUCCAGCUAUAAUUUUACCUAUACACCUGAGGAGAAAACGUGCAAUUUGACGACGGCGGCUGCUUCCGAUGACAUCUGGUGGCACAUCUGUCAGUUUCGAAACAUUGACUUAUUUUCUUUGACGCCCUAUCACAUCACAGUGGAAGAUAAGUUGAAGAAUUGCAGCUUCAGCCGAGACUGCAGAGCAGAACAUGUUGUGUACCUGGAGCCCAUUAAAAACAUCACAGUGAAGGAGCAGUGGAGGCCGCUUGGAUUGUGGCUCAUCCUCAAUCACACCUAUCCAGAUCUUCUUGCCCUGACCUAUGAAGUGAAAUACAUGAGUGAAAAAAGCAACAUUCAGAAAACUGAGACAUUUCCGAAUAUACGAGGAAACCAGGGCGAUGUGAAGCUUUUCCUCGAUGAUAUUGUUGGAGGGGCUGAGUACACGUUCAGCGUCAGAGUCAAAGCAGAUGAGGAGUAUGACGGCUACUGGAGCCAGUGGACAGAUGUUCAUGUCCAGAUAGAAAAUGUUGUAGACCCAUUUCAUGUUAUGAUGUAUGUGAUUGCCGGCCUGAUACCGAUUGUGGCCAUCAUCAUGUUAGCUACAUAUCAGAGAAGGUUCCUCAAGACGAAGGUGUGGCCGGAAAUCCCAAGCCCAGAACAUCACUUCAAGGAGCUGUACACAACUCAUAAAGGCAAUUUUAAGCUGUGGUUAGAUCAGACGGACGCUUACCUUAUAUGGAUAUCUAGAAAUAUCUUUCAUGAAGGUCCAAUCUCUACACUGGAAGUCCUCUCAGAACUUCCUAAUGUGAUGCCCCAACCUGCACCUUCAGCACAACUGCCGCCCAAGGACAGCUACGUGACUCUUGAUGAGAGUUUUUUGCCCCACUUCCCGGCAUGGAUGGUAACUCAAAGACAACUAGACAUCCAGAUGGAGCUACUGAUUCCAGGUGAAACUCCCAGUCAGGAGAACACCUGCAGUAUCGUUGGGAGAUCAGGAGAAGAUGAGAGGAAAAUGAGCACCGAGGAGGUCCCACCUGUGGAGGAGAGAAAGAGCCAUCUUACAAAGGGAAAGCCUGGCUGUCUAACCAUCCAUAGGGAGGACUCCCUAAGCUCAGAGGAAGGGAAGCAGAGUCCAGGAUCCAGUUUUGAGUAUACAGUUUUAGAGACGUGUGACGGGCUCUUAUCCCCCAGGACACGUUCUAUUCCUCAACGCCAGCCUCUGAAGUAUGCUUACCUAGCCAUGUCCGAGUCAGGGGAAGAAAGUCCUCCAGCAUCUCCAAACAUUUACCAGAACAGCAUCUGUGCCCAGCGACCAGCCCAUAUCUACUCCCAGUGCUGAGAAGAACCCAUUGACUAGAGCAGGGGUAGGCAACCUCCGGCACUCCAGCUGUUGUGAAACUACAACUUCCAGCAUGCAUACUUACUCUGCUCUUCUAAGAACUCACAUAUAAAUGAAUGGAUCAUGCUGGGAAUUGUAGUUUCACAACAGCUGGAGUGCCGAAGGUUGCUGAUCCCUGCUGGACUAGAGGGCACUCUGGGAAGAUUGCUUCCUGGACAUGAGGACUGCAGGGUUUACAGAAUUACACCUGGAAAGACUGAGAACCACACAUGGUCUGCGGAUUGUACAUACCUUAACAUUUAUCUGCAAAAGUGGAGCAAUGGACAUCUCUCCUUAAAGGAGAACUCCAGUCUUAAACGAGGCUCCUUCGCCGCACAGCUCUUGUACAGGGUUUUUGCUCCCCAUAACAGUCUAGUUUCUCUUUGUAUGGGAAGUGUAGGACACAGUCUCUAAACUGCCAUUCCACAGUCAUGUGAGCAGCAGAUGCCCAGAUGAUGUGGCCAAUAUGGUUGAUACUGGUCAGAAAUGGGCCCUGUAUAUGAUGACCAUUUUAGUAUAGAAAGGAACAUCAGAUGAUGAGGAAAGGUCACGGUCAUGGGGUCAGGAAGCUGAGAUGUCAGGAGCUGUUUGGCCAGGGCCGGAUUAAAGGGGUUGUUCCAUGAUUAUUGUAAAAAAUGAAAAUCAGACAUCAUAUAGUACAGGCUUGGCCAACCUGCGGCUCUCCACCUGUUGUAAAACUACAACUCCCACCAUGCCCUGCUGU